GUGAGGCAUUCUGGGAAGGAGAAACUUCUCUGUUAUGCUGCUUCGUGAAAAAUGAAGCGUGUCUUCACACUUUCUGAGAAAUCCUGGAGUGGAUCAUGUGUGAAGUACAAAUGGCAGAAAUCUUUAGGGAAUUAUCUGGCUGUUGCUGGACCCGACAACUCCGUCAAGAUCUUCGACCGUCAUGGACAAAAGAUGAACGAGAUGAAUCUCCCUGGGAGGUGCAUCUCUUUGGACUGGGAUAAAGACGGAGACACUUUAGCCGUCAUUGCGGAAAAAUCCACUUCCAUCCAUCUGUGGGACGCCAACGUCAAUAAGUCGUCACAGAUGGACUGCGGCAUGAGAGCCGUAGAUCAGCUGUCUUUUCUGCUGUGGUCCAAAACGGGACCAUUGUUGGCAGUCGGGACGUCUAAAGGAAAUCUGCUCAUUUACAACCAGCAAACCUCACGCAAGAUUCCAGUGCUGGGUAAACACACUAAAAGGAUUACAUGUGGCUGCUGGAGUUCUCAGAACCUGUUAGCUCUGGGCAGCGAGGAUCACAAUAUCACAGUCAGCAACCAUGAAGGAGACACCAUCCGACAGACCUCCGUUCGAGCGGAUCCAGCUGAUAUUCAGUUCUCUGUGAUGAAGACAGAUGAGAGAUCGUCACCAGGAGAGAGCACGGUGAGCGUGGCAGUAGGGAAGGCGACUCUGUUCCUGUUUAACCUGAACGACCCGGAUAACCCCAUCGAGCUGGCUUUCCAGGAGCGCUACGGGAACAUCGUCUCCUACCGCUGGUAUGGUGAUGGUUACAUAAUGAUCGGAUUCUCGCAUGGUUAUUUUGUGGUGAUUUCGACACACAUCCGCGAGAUUGGACAAGAACUUUUCCAGGCUCAUAAUCACAAAGACAGUCUGAGCAGCAUCGCUAUCUCUCAGGCUCUUAACAAAGCUGCGUCAUGUGGAGAUAACUGUGUAAAGAUCCAUGACCUGACUGAUCUGAAGGAGAUGGACGCUAUUAUCCCGCUGUACGAGGAGACUAAAGGGUUGGAUCAGAUCUGUUGGACGGACGAUGGUCAGCUGUUGGCUGUGUCGUCUCAGCAGGGCAGGCUGCACGUCUAUCUGACCAAGCUGCCCAUCCUCGGACACAGCUGCGGCACACGCCUCGCUUACCUCACGUCCCUGCUGGAGGUCACCGUCGCCAAUCAGGUAGAGAAGGAAACUACGGUUACUGUGGCAGUGGAGGUGGAGCCUAACUUUAUUGCUGUGGGACCAUACCACCUGGCUGUAGGGAUGAACAACAGGGCGUGGUUUUAUUCGAUGGGAGACAGAGGUGUGGAACGUCUUAAGGACACCGAAUACCUGGGCACAGUGGCUAGUUUGUGUCUGAACUGUGACUACGCAGCGGCUCUGUUUGAGGGAAAGGUCCAGCUGCAUAUGAUUGAAGGUGAAGACCAGGAAGACAGACAGACAAAGCUUUUCCCAGAUCCUGACCAGAAAUAUCGCAUCCUCAGCCACGCACUAUCCACAGAGUUCCUCUUCUACGGAACGGACACUGGUCUGAUUCAGUGUUUCUACAUCGAGGAUUGGCAGAGUGUCAACGAGUAUCGCCACCAAGUGGCCGUACGCAAGGUUUUCCCCGACCCCAACGGAACCCGGCUCGUCUUCAUCGAUGACGAGAGCGAUGGAUUCCUUUACUCUCCGGUGGACGACUCCCUGUUCGAGAUCCCUGACUUCUCCUCCACCAUAACGGGUGUGCUGUGGGAAAACUCUGUGAACGAUAAGGCCGUUUUUGUGGCAUUCGACGAGGACAAAGUGUACACUUACACCUUCCACAAGGACACCAUACAGGGUUCGAAGGUGAUUCUGGUGGGUGCCACCAAACUGCCGUUUUCCCACAAGCCCUUGCUAUUGUAUAAUGGUGAACUGACGUGCCAGACGCAGAGUGGCAAGACGAGCAGCGUACUUCUGAGCACACACUCUUUCCUCAACAAUGUACAAACGAGCAGCAGCAAAGAGCAGAUCCAAUCCCAGCUGCAGCAAGCCAUCAACCUCAAGAGGUUCUCAGCGGCGUGGUCUUUAUGUUCAGCUUUGGGCAAUACGGAGGCCUGGGCGGAGCUGGGAAGGGCGUGUCUCCAUCACAUGGAGGUGGAGUUGGCCAUCAGAGUGUAUCGCAGCAUGGGCAAUGUGGGCAUGGUGCUGUCACUGGAGGACAUUAAGGGAAUAGAGGAUCAGAAUCUGCUGGCUGGACACCUAGCAAUGUUCUGCAACGACUACAACCAAGCUCAAGACCUUUACCUGGCUUCCUCAUAUCCGAUGGCAGCACUAGAGAUGAGGAGGGACCUGCAGCAUUGGGACAGUGCUUUGCAGCUAGCUAAGAGGCUACAUCCUGAUGAAAUCCCUUUUAUAUCUAAGGAAUACGCCAUCCAGCUGGAGUUUGUUGGAGAUUACACAAACGCUCUGGCUCACUAUGAAAAAGGCAUCACUGGAGACAACAAGUUCCAGGAACAUGACGAGAGUUGUUUGGCUGGAGUGGCCCGCAUGUCUAUCAGGAUGGGAGACAUCCGCCGAGGAGCCAACCAGGCCAUCAAACACCCAAGCAAAACACUGAAGAAAGACUGCGGCGCCAUUUUGGAGAGCAUGAAGCAAUAUUCGGAGGCGGCACAGCUGUAUGAGAAAGGCCAGUACUACGACAAGGCUGCUUCGGUCUACAUUCGCUGCAAGAAUUGGGCAAAGGUUGGAGAGCUGCUGCCCCAUGUGUCUUCUCCCAAAAUUCACCUGCAGUACGCUAAGGCCAAAGAGGCUGAUGGAAAAUACAAAGAGGCUGUGUUGGCCUACGAGAGCGCCCGGGACUGGGACAGCGUGAUCCGGAUCCUCUUGGAGCAUCUUAAUAAUCCAGAGGAAGCGGUCAGGAUCGUGCGGGAGACCCAGUCCAUCGAUGGCGCCAAGAUGGUGGCCAGGUUUUUUCUGCGUCUGAGUGAUUACGGCUCAGCCAUCCAGUUCCUGGUGAUGUCACACUGCAGCGACGAGGCCUUCCAGCUCGCCCAGCAGCACGGCCAGAUGGAGGUGUAUGCUGACAUCAUCGGCUCCGAGGCCAGUAUGGAAGACUACCAGAGCAUAGCCCUCUAUUUCGAGGGAGAAAAGAAGCACCUGCUGGCUGGGAAGUUUUUCCGGAAGUGUGGCCAGUACAGCAGGGCACUCAAACACUUUCUGAAGUGUCCCAACACUGAUGAUAAUAUGGCUAUAGAAAUGGCAAUCGAGACGGUAGGAGAAGCUAAAGACCAGGCUCUGAGCAAUCAGUUGAUCGAUUACCUCAUGGGAGAGAGUGACGGAAUACCAAAGGACGCUAAGUAUCUCUUCCAAUUGUACAUGGCGCUCAAACUCUAUAAGGAGAGUGUGAGGACGGCCAUCAUCAUCGCCAGAGAGGAGCAGACAGCAGGUAACUACAGGAAUGCCCAUGACGUCCUGUUCAAUAUGUAUAUGGAACUUCAGAAUAAUAAUAUUAAGAUCCCAGCUGAGAUGAUCACCAACCUGAUGAUCCUCCACAGCUACAUACUGGUGAAGAUACACGUAAAGAGAGGAGACCAUCUGAAAGGAGCCCGCAUGCUGAUCCGAGUCUCCAACAGUAUCAGCAAAUUCCGCACACACGUCGUUCCCAUCCUGACGUCGGCUGUCAUUGAGUGCCAUCGUGCCGGAUUAAAAAAUUCUGCUUUCAGCUUUGCAGCGAUGCUGAUGAGGCCUGAGUACCGGAACCAGAUUGACCCCAAAUACAAGAAGAAGAUUGAGGCCAUGGUCCGUCGUCCAGACACAUCUGAGGUGGAGGAGGAGAGCUCUCCAUGUCCAUACUGUGGCUUCAGCCUGCCUGAGUGUGAGCUGCUUUGCCCUGGCUGCAAGAACAACCUGCCCUACUGCAUUGCUACGGGUCGCCACAUGGUGAAGGAAGACUGGUGUGUGUGUCCACACUGCAACUUUCCUGCUCUGUACUCUCAGUUUACACAGCUGUUAGAGACUGAAUCGAUGUGUCCCAUGUGCUCUGAGAGUGUCAGCGCAAGUCAGCUGAAGAUCUCUGACUGCUCCAAAUAUCUGCAGCAGGACCAGGACCAAGAUGAACCCUGACGUACACACACACACUUGGUUUUUCUAUCCUUUUUUUCUGUUUUGCCUUUGGAAGGGUCAAACAGCCAAUUUGUGUGUGUGUUCUGCCAUCCUCCAUAUUGAUUGAAAAGCAAAAUAAAGAUAAUC